GGCCUCGGGGAUGCCAACUCGUUUGCCCCACACUAUGAAAGGCGGCAGCUCGUUUUUAAGUAAGAUUACGGUUCGCGUCCGCACUUAUGUUGCACUACAAGGCCUACAGGUGGCGCCAGGGAUGAUAGUAGGGUGGAAGGGCUUCUUAUUUUCACCGAUUGGCAUGGCAGCAGCAAUCACAGCUUCAAAUUCAAAUCUUUUAUUGUCAAACAAUUCUCGAAUUUCGUAUUCAGCAUGGACAAGCCUCAGUACGCUCGCGUGGUCAAGAUCAUUGGACGCACUGGAUCCCAGGGGCAGUGCACCCAGGUGCGGGUGGAGUUCCUCGGCGACCAAAGCCGCCAGAUUAUUCGCAAUGUCAAAGGACCUGUUCGCGUAGGCGACAUCCUGUCGCUGCUGGAAACUGAACGCGAAGCCAGGAGACUGCGCUAAUUUACUAAUCACACCUGUUUGAUUCACCAAAUCAAGUUAAUAAACAA